GAACAGGACUUUUCAAUGCUGUAGCCUGCGAUAUAUUAUAUGUGCAGGUGUUUCCGUUUUAAUAAUAAUUUUUCCUUUGAGUUCAUGAAAUACAGCGUGUAGCUAAUAGUCAAGGAAAGUUGGUUUUGGAAAUCUCUCUCUAACUGUUACUUGCUUUGGUGAAAUCAUGGAUCUGUUAUCCGAAACUGGCAUAACAAACGCCCGUCACAUAUCAUCCUUGUUGAGUUGUGAGAAAUAGGUAUACUACAAGGUUGAGUUAGUUAAUUAAUUAGGUCUAAAACAUAUGAUAAAUUAGAUGCGUAGAGGCUUCAAAUGCAAAUUACAGCAGCUUCAUUGGCUGCGCUGGCCAAGAAGUUGUUCCUAUAUAGUUUCCCAUCUUAAUCGUCCAAGUUUCCAGUUUUGUUGUGAUUGAAUGUGAUUCAGCUGCUCGUCUUUCUUUGGAUAACCAUUGACUAUUAAGCGACUGAAUCAAUCACUGAAUGGCUAUGCUAAAAACCUGAAAAUCAGGUUUGACUAUGAGGUUUGGCUAUAGACCCUAAGGCAAAACUGAUCGUCUACACACCCAAACUUGCCAUCACAAGAGCUGUAAAGUCAUGGCUUCCUCCAGCAGUGUGUCUGAAGUAAGCCUCACAUGUUCCAUAUGUCUGGAUGUGUUCACUGACCCUGUAACCACUUCCUGUGGCCACAACUUCUGCAUGGUCUGCAUCAGAAGCCACAGAGACCGCAGUCCAUGCUCAAGGUGCCCACUGUGUGGGAAGGCAUUGGACUCAAAACAAGAUUUUAACAUAAACAGAAUCAUUAAAGAAAUUGCAGAGGGCAUCAAAAGGAAACGGGUCGAGGAGAAGUCUGAAGUGUCCUGUGAUAGUUGUCCAAAGAAAAAAAUGCGGACUGCUAUUAAGUCAUGCUUACACUGUGCAACCUCUUUCUGCGAGUCUCACUUGGAGCCCCAUAAAACUGCAGAAAAACUCAUGAAACACAAACUAAUUAACCCUGUGAAGAAUCUUGAGGAAUACAUUUGCAAGAAUCAUGAAAGACCUCUGGAUCUUUACUGUAGAGAUGAUCAGACAGCCAUCUGUCAGUUCUGCACCGAGAGUGACCACAAGACUCAUAAUACUGUUCCUCUGGAGAAGGAGAGUUUGAAAUUACUGAUGAAUAAAAAGAUUGCGGUGCAGCAGAAAGUUCAGGACAGGUUCAGGAAGAUUAAAGAAAUUAAACAUUCUUUGAGGUUUAACAAACAAGCCAAAGAGAAGGAGACUGAUGAGAACAUCAAGUUUUUUAAGGACGUCUUUGAUAGAAGCAAUGCGGAGCUACUUGAGCUCACAGAGAAAAAGCAUAAAGAAACAGAAAGACGAGGAGAAAAGCUCAUCAGAGAGCUAGAUGAAGAGAUUGUGGAGCUAAAGAGAAGACAAACUGAGCUGGAGAAGCUCUCACAUCCUAUGGAUUUCACACAAAUUAUUAGCCUCCUGCGCGACCCCAAAUAUACCAACCGCUCAAAAAACAUCAGCUUUAGCACUCUUGAACAUGGAGGUAUUCUGAGGAAGACCAUAUCACAUCUUCAGAGCGUCCUGGAUGAGAAAAUGAGAGAAACUGUUGGCAGAGAUCUGCGGAGUAUAAAACAUUAUGCAGUGGAUGUGACACUUGACCCUGAUACAGCUCAUCCUGAGCUCAUGCUGUCUGACGAUGGGAAAACGGUCUGGAAUACCGGCAAGUCACAGAACAUUCCUGACACCCCAAAAAGGUUUAAUUAUUGCUCAUGUGUCUUAGGAAAGGAGGGGUUCUCCUCACAGAAAUUUUACUAUGAGGUUCAAGUCAGUGGGAUGGAUUGGGAUUUAGGUGUGGCAAAAGAAUCCAUAGACAGAAAAGGGGAUAUUGGACUCAACCCAGAGAAUGGAUAUUGGACUAUAUGGCUGAGGAAGUGGACUGAGUAUGCAGCGAAUGACCGCCUUCCUGUCCCUCUCACCUUGAAAGAGAAGCCAGUAAAAGUGGGAGUGUUUGUGGAUUUUGAGCAGGGUUUGGUCUCUUUUUAUGAUGUUGAAGCCAGGUAUCAUAUCUAUUCUUUCACUGGGCAGUCUUUUCCUGAAAAGCUCUAUCCAUAUUUCAGUCCUGGAGAAUGUGAGCAAGGGCAGAACUCACAUCCUCUGAUCAUUACACCCGUUGACCCAGUCGAAUAAA